UGAACACUGGUCCUUUUCCCUUCAUUCCCGCACUUGAACAAGGCCAGCUGAGGGAGGCCAGCAGGUCACUCAGCAGUUCUAAGGUCACAGAACCCCAAGACUGCAGAGUGAACAGGGGUCUGGGGGUCUCUCCCUUGGUCCAGGAGGGUGGGUCAUUGACACUGUCUUUGGGCCGGGCCCUCCCCUUCAGCAUUACCGAUCCAAGACUUUUCAGCCUCAGCUUGUAUACUUCCAUAGACAGGGAUCUCACGACCAGUUUCUGGAACAGGCUGGAUAGCUCUAAUUGUUACAAAGGGCUUCAUCUGCCUCCUCGUAAUUUCCACCCACCAGUCAGAGCUCUCCCCACAGGGCCUCAGAAAACUCCUAAAGUCCAGAAUUUUCUCACUAGUGCUCCUGAGAUUCUAAGCAGCAUCUGGGGAGUGAGUGGAAGUGAGGACAGAAGAGCCAGCAGGGGGAGGGCUUGCUCAGAGAGGACCAGGAUGGGGGAGGGGGGCCUUUGUCUUUGCAUACCCCACUAGGAGUCAGCGUCAGUCUGGUGGCUCCUCUCCCCUAAUCCUGCUUGGGGCUCGGUUCUCGCUGCUUCUGUCAGUGGAGAUCAAGUACUGGGGGUGCUCCUGAAACCAGCCUGGAGGACAGGCCCAGACCAGAAAUGCCGAGGGCCCCCUGCCUAGCUCCCAAACUGGUCCCACUGGUGCAGAGCCUCUGUAGGCAGGCGGGCUAGUGCAAAACUGACUCCUCCACUUCCUCUCCUCUCCCCGCGCCGCCCGCCCUCCGCCCGCCCCCACUGCCUGGCGCCCGCCUGCCCGGAGACUGUUUUUCCACUGGCUGGGUCACACCAUCCAUCCUGCGGGGUACAGCCUCUUUUCUGGAGUUAAACUUUUCGGAAGACCUCAACAGCCCCAGGCCCUGCCGGUCUCUCCUGGGCAGAAGAAGCAAAGCGGGAGGGAGAGGGCAUGGGCUGGUCCCCACCGGGGUCUCUGAUGUUCUUGCGCCACUUGGAGAGCCCUGCCCCUCGGAGGCCAAAGCUACCGGUGCCCGCAGCAGAUCCCAGAUGAGAACACUGAAGUCCAGAGAAAAGUCAUGAAGAAUAUUGAGAGCCAGGAUCUCCUAAACCAGUCCAGGGAAGCACCCAACUGGCCACUACAGGGGAUGAAAUGGCAAGACUGUGCCCUGCCCUCCGGUGCCCACUAGCCUGCAAGCUCUCGUAGUCCCACCUGGAGCCAUCAUCCAGAUCUCCUCCUGCCUCCACCCUUGCCGUCGGUCCCCCAGCUGACCCAUCACCAUGGCAGCCUUGAUCGCAGAGAACUUCCGCUUCCUGUCACUCUUCUUCAAGAGCAAGGAUGUGAUGAUUUUCAACGGGCUGGUGGCACUAGGCACGGUGGGCAGCCAGGAGCUGUUCACCGUGGUGGCUUUCCACUGCCCUUGCUCACCAGCCCGGAACUACCUGUAUGGGCUGGCAGCCAUUGGGGUGCCGGCCCUGGCACUCUUCCUCAUUGGCGUCAUCCUUAACAACCACACCUGGAACCUGGUUGCUGAGUGCCAGUACCGGAGGACCAAGAAUUGCUCGGCUGCCCCCAACUUCCUCCUCCUAAGCUCCAUUGUGGGCCGCGCAGCUGUGGCCCCCGUCACCUGGUCUGUCAUCUCCCUGCUGCGUGGUGAGGCCUAUGUCUGUGCUCUCAGUGAGUUCGUGAACCCCUAUUCACUCAUGGUUGGAGAAAGGAGCUUCCCACUAGCCCAUGCCACAGAAAUCCUGGCCAGGUUCCCAUGCGGGGAGGGCCCUGCCAACCUGUCAGUCUUCCGGGAGGAGGUCAGCCGCAGACUCAAGUAUGAGUCCCAGCUCUUUGGGUGGCUGCUUAUCGGCGUGGUGGCCAUCCUGGUGUUCCUGACCAAAUGCCUCAAGCACUACUGCUCACCACUCAGCUACCGCCAGGAGGCCUACUGGGCGCAGUACCGCGCCAACGAGGACCAGCUGUUCCAGCGCACGGCUGAGGUGCACUCGCGGGUGCUGGCUGCCAACAACGUGCGCCGCUUCUUCGGCUUUGUGGCGCUCAACAAGGACGAUGAGGAGCUGGUCGCCAAGUUCCCGGUGGAAGGCACACAGCCGCGGCCACAGUGGAAUGCCAUCACCGGCGUCUACCUGUACCGUGAGAACCAAGGCCUCCCACUCUACAGCCGCCUGCACAAGUGGGCCCAGGGUGUGGUGGGCAACGGCAUGGCCCCGGACCAUGUAGAGAUGUCCCUGCUUCCCUCCUGAGGGUCCCGUUCCCACACUCUUGGCCAAUGACGGUAUUUGGUCCCAAACUGAACCCCACUGCCUGCUCACACCAGCAUCAGAGGGGACUUCUGUUUUCUGGCUGUGCAUGGCUUGUGGGAUCUUAGUUCUUUGACUCAGGGCUGAACCUUCGCCCUCUGCAAUUAAGGUGCACGGUCCCAAUCACUGAAUUCCCCAGAGAUUUUUUUAACUAUAGCUUUUGGGGGAAACAGGCCAGGAGAGAAACGAACACAAAGUGAAACUGGGAUAUGGGUGUGAGAGCUGGUAGACGAGGUGGGCUCUGGCAGGAAGGCCCUCAGACCUGAAGAAGUCCCCUUUCCAGUUGCCACCACCCACUUGGUAAACAGCUUUGGAGAAAAGACCCUUUCCCAGAACUGGUCCUUCAUGAACUAUGAUGUGGAGGAUGACCUCUGACUAGAGGGACCCAUUCCACCCAUGUGGGAAGCCCUGGCCAGCAGUCAGGUGAUGAUGAAACUCACCAGCAGGCUGGCGUGCAGAAGGCUAUGCAGGCCACUUGCGGAACUGCACAUGGACAGCUGGCUCGGUAUGCACAGCUGGGAAGCAGCCCUCUGGCGUAUUUAUUUUAUACACAUUUUUGAUAAAGCUUUUCUUAGUAUAAAGGA